AUGUCUUUGGAGAUGCAAGCUUUAAUGAAACCUCGAGAAACUGAAUUACGGGUUCCGAAAGCAGAGAAGAAGCCCGCUGAGAAGAAACCAGCUUCCGAGAAGCCUGUGGAGGAGAAAUCAAAAGCCGAGAAAGCUCCGGCGGAGAAGAAACCAAAGGCCGGAAAGAAACUCCCGAAGGAGGCUGGUGCUGGAGGUGACAAGAAGAAAAAGAUGAAGAAGAAGAGUAUCGAGACUUACAAGAUCUACAUCUUCAAGGUGCUUAAGCAAGUUCAUCCCGAUAUCGGAAUCUCAAGCAAAGCGAUGGGGAUUAUGAACAGUUUCAUCAACGAUAUCUUCGAGAAGCUUGCUCAAGAGGCGUCGAAGCUUGCGAGGUACAAUAAGAAACCUACUAUCACGUCCCGGGAGAUUCAGACUGCUGUGAGAUUGGUGCUUCCUGGAGAGUUGGCGAAGCAUGCUGUUUCUGAGGGGACUAAGGCCGUCACGAAAUUCACCAGCUCUUGAAUAAUUGAGUUAGGGUUUUUUUCUCUCUUAUCAUCUGGAUGUUGCUGCUUUAGGGUUAAUGGAAUUUGGGAGAACUGAAUUAGGGUUGUUAGAUUGUCUUUUAAGUAUCUGUUUCGUUUGCGAUUUUUACGUUUUGUAAGUACUUCUGCUGCUAUUGCUUAUAUUUGCUCUUUGUGCCCAAUUCUAUCGUAUCUAGAGUUGCUCUUUGUUUUACUUAGUUUCAUCUAUGCCUUUAAUAAAUUACAUUGUGAUCUA